GAGGCUUCAUUCAGGCACUUUCAUCACAAUUCCAAUGUGGAUUUAUUUUCAUGAACGCAGGAAAAUACUGCAAACCCAGUGGAAUGCCUGCAUAAACACAUCUGUAUCAACCAACGACUAUCAACGGCCUCUAAAGACCAAAGAAAUAUUUCUGAAUCAACAGGCAAAAAGAUCUAAUUUAUAAUGAAGAGCAUAAUAUGUGUUUGUUUAUGAAAUUUCUUGCUUUUGGUGAAACAUGGCACGCCGCUUUGUCUUCGAAUUAUUUCCUCGAGUUUUCUCGUUAAUCAUAUUCAGAUCAAAAAGUCAAUUUAAUGUUAAUGCCGCAGUCUGUAAUUCGCAAAAUGAAAUAAAAAAUAAAAUUUCUACACUUUUUGUGCCAGGUAGGCAUGGUGGAAAUAUAUAUCAAAUUGUAAAACCUGUCAUAGAUAUUAAUUUUAUAUCUGAUAACAUUCUUGAAAUUAAGCGUUCGUGUGACUUAAGGGGUGUCGAGUUUGAUCCCGAACAUACACUUGAUGUAAUAAAGGUCUGGAGUCAUCUGAAAAACAGGUACCAGGAAAUGGUUGAAAAAGAUGAAGAGUUUGGAAAAGAAUUGGAACGACUUCAGUCUUUAGAUUUGGAAACGGAGAUUAAAGAAACAACACAAAAACGCAUAGCGCUUUCACAGAAUCUAAGAUUAGAAAAAGAGAAAUUGUAUGAUGUUGAAGAUAUUGUUAUGCCUAAAUUACAAAAAAUACCGAAUCUGAUUGAUGCCGCAACACCAACACAAUUUGAUACUGUUGAUAUAUGCCAGAAAAGUACUGAUUUUGAGUUUAAAUUUUUUUCUCAUGCUGAAUUAGGAAAACUCAUGUCACUGCUAGAAUUCUCGAAUAAUGACCCAACUGUAUAUUACAUGAAAGGGAAACUAUCAGAAUUAGAAUUAGCCACACAAAUCUAUUUUUCUGAUAAAUUAAUCUCCUUAAGUUAUGCACCACUAUCUUGUGUUGAUUUUUGUAAGUCUUUUAUUAUUGAAGCUAUUGGUCGUGAUCCUCAUUCGGUUGAUGACUGCAUCCCUUUAAAAAGUAAAUCAUCUCGUGAAAGUGGACAAAAAUUAAAUCUUGUGGGUGGUGCUUCAUUAGAAAUGUUCUGUGCUUAUCUCACAAACAUGAAUGUUGACAAAUCUUCAUUUCCACUCAAGUAUUAUUCUUUGGGUCGCCGAUAUGAUGCAAGAAAUCGAAUUAAUUCCCAAGAUUUGUUUUCAGUUGUGCAAUCAACUAAUAUUCACUCUGUUAUUUUAUGUGAUCAAAAUGGUGAAAAUGAAGAAUUCAGUGCAUUCUUUAAUUCUGUGUUAUUGUGUUAUCAAGCAUUAGGCUUACCUUAUAGAACUGUUGAUAUUGCUGCUAAAAACCUUACUAUAACUGAAAGUCGAAGGAAACAAUUAGAGUUGUGGUCACCUAGUUUUAAAACAUAUGUACCAGUUGCUCAUGUAUCUCAACAUAAUAAUUUUCUUUCUAAACGCUUGCACAUCACAUAUGGCAUUCAACAUUCUGUUGAAGGCUAUUGCUCUAUAGUUGAUGGUAUUGUUGUUAAUAUACCAGUGCUAAUAGCAUGUAUCAUGGAAAAUUUUCAGACAAAAAAUUAUAGUUUUGAAAUACCUGCUGUGUUAAAAGAAAUUAUGGAUAAUUUAUAUGCAUAAAUUCUAGAAAAAUUAUGACUUCAGAAUUAUUGCAAAUUCCAGAUAUAUUUAUAUUUAAAAAUAAUUAAGCUGAAAAUAAAGCAAAACUUGCUUUCAAA